AUGUCCAACUUUACCUCUUCCUCUGAGUUUUUGCUCUUGGAGUUCUCAGCUAUCCGAGAUCUACAGCUCUUACACUUCUUUUUGUUUCUAGCAAUAUAUUUGACAGCAGUGACUGGGAAUCUUCUGAUCAUCAUUGCAGUAGCCCUUGACUAUCACCUCCACACUCCCAUGUACUUUUUCCUAGUGAACUUGGCCAUUCUGGAUCUUGGUUCGGUUUCUGUCACAGUACCCAAAGCAAUGGCCAAUUCCCUCAUGAACAACAGGUCAAUUUCUUAUUUUGGAUGUGCUGCUCAAGUGUUCUUUUACCCUCUUUUUGGAGGGUCAGAUCUUGCCUUUCUAACUAUAAUGGCACAUGAUCGAUACGUAGCUAUCUGCAAUCCAUUGCAAUAUGAGACAAUUAUGCAUAAAGGAGCCUGCAUUCAGAUGGCAGUAAGUGCAUGGAUUACUAGUAUACUCUAUGGCACAUUGCACACUGGUGGUACUUUUUCCAUCACCUUCUGCUCCAAUAUUAUCAAUCAGUUCUUCUGUGAAAUACCACAGUUACUGAAGCUCUCUUGCUCUGACUUAUAUUUAGUUGAAAUUGGCUUACUGGCUUUUAGUGUUGCCAUAGUGUUAGGAUGCUUUAUCUUCAUUGUUUUAACAUACAUUGAAAUCUUUGCAAUGGUACUCAGAAUCCCUUCAGUGCAGGGUCAGAAAAAGGCCCUCUCCACUUGCCUUCCUCACCUCACUGUCGUGUCUCUGCUUGUUUUCACUGGAAUGUUUGCUUAUGUAAGGCCUCCUGCUAACACAUUAUCUGAUCUUGAUAUUGUUUUUGCAGUGAUUUAUGCUAUACUCCCUCCAUUGCUCAAUCCUUUCAUCUAUAGUAUGAGAAACAAAGAGAUCAAGACUGCUUUGUUGAAGCUCUUUAAUGUUGGGCAUUCUUCUGCUUCUGCCAACAGAACUAUUCCGUAA